AUGAAGCGGCCUAAACUGAUGGCCGAGGCCGUCAAGGCGUACACGGGACGACGCUUUGGCGCCCAGCUGCCGCCGAAAAAGCCUACCCUCGAGCGGAUCCCGACGCCGCUGCUCGACGAAGUCGACGACGACGAAGACCCCCUGGGCGACUCGCACUACGAGCUGGCGGACGAGGCGGCGCUGCCGACGCCCGCUACCAGCGACGGCGACGUGACUAGUGGUGACGGCGCCGAUUCUAGUGGCGAGGGCGACGCCGCCAGCGGCGAUGAGUCCGAUGCCAGCGAUGGCGCCAUCGGCGAUGUCGGCGCGCGCGCCGAAGAAGAAGACCUUGGCGAAGACUUAGGCGAAGACCUUGGCGAAGACUUAGGUGAAGACUUAGGUGAAGAAGUCGGUGAAGAAAUAGGCGAAGAGGCGCUGUCGGAGGAUGCCGACUUCAACGAAGAAGAAGCGGCGACGCUGCCCCUGCCCCUGCCGCUGGCGCUGCCACUGGCGCUGCCGCUGACGCUGGAAGACCCCGACGGCGACAUCGCCCAGCUCCAGCGCGAUUUGCGCGAAGAACAGGCGGCGGCCGAAGCGCAAGAAAAACACCAGACGCCGCCGACACUGCCGGAAGCUGAUGCCGACAGCAAGCCGGCACCGGUGACGGCCGACCUCGGCCAGUACUACAACAUCGGCGAGUGGGACGACGACCAGGGCAGCUACAGCACCCGGAUCUACAAGAACUGGCGCGAGAUGCUGGAUAAACACCCCGUGGGGCUCAUCAACCACGGGGUGACGUGCUACAUGAACACCGCCAUCCAGACGUUAAUCCACAUCCCUGCCCUCCAGCACUAUCUCAACGAUAUUUGCACCGAUAGUAUCGACGGGUUCCUAAAGCCGAAACUGGUGCUGCAUACGCUAGCCGAGCUCAGCCGCCGGUUAUGGGGGCUCGACGCUCAGAGAAGACACAAGUACAUCAACCCCAAAAAGAUGAUUGCGCGCUUGGACGACAUCAACUGUAUGAUGAGCCAGUGGCAGCAAGAGGACUCGCACGAGUAUCUCAUGCUGCUUAUGCUGAGGCUCCAGGAAGACCUGACGCCUAAGGGAGCUAAGCUCAAUACGCUGAUCAUCUACGACAUCUUUGGCGGGCUGUUAACCCAGAAGAUCACCUGUUUGCAGUGUAACAACGUGCUGGAGACCGAGCAGGAGAUGUACGACUUGCUGCUUGGCUUCAACCGGAAGAAGACGGCUAAGUAUACCGUCGACAGACUGAUCAAGGAAUACUUCAGUAACGAGCUCAUCAAGCCCGACCGCAAAGACGCUCAGCUGGGAUACAUGUGCGACCACUGCCACCAACGCACCCAGGCCAACAAAGUGAGCCACAUCAAGCGGGCGCCCGAGACGUUGGUCGUCCACUUGAAGCGGUUCAAGUUCGACGGCAACUCGCUGCUGAAGGUGAAGCAGCUGAUGAAGUACCCGGAGUACCUCGACCUCACCCAGUACACGGUGGAGCCGCACGCGCCCACUAAAUACCGCCUCGUGCUGGUGAUUGUCCACGAAGGGCGCCUGCUCUCUUCCGGCCACUACGUGUGCCACACCCGCCAGCCCGACGGCAGCUGGUGCACGUACGACGACGAGUUCUUGAAUAAGAUCCCCGACGCGGUGGCGUUGACCGACGUCGGCGCCUACGUGCUCGUGUACACUAAGCUUACUCCCAAGCCGGCAGCCACUGCCGACACUCCCGGCGCCGCGGCCACUGCCGGCGCCGGCACCAAGCGCGCCGCCGCCGCCGACACUAACAACGGCGGCCGCAAACAGCGCAAACGGCAUAAAAAACACUAG